AUGGCAAACGCCAAAUCAGCCUCCUCGCGAGGUAAAGGUACCUCGACCCUCACCGUUUUGGCUGUAGUCCUUGCCGCCUUCGCCGCGUUGUUCUACUACGUCGAGCAGCAUCUGGACUCAUUCUACAUCUUUGACCCGGCUCAUUUACAUGAUGUUUCGCAGCGAGCCAUCGCGGCGCAUGGUAACGACACGCGCGCCGUGGUCAAGUACAUUGUGAGCGAAUUGGAUGAGAAACUCGAGGGAAAGCAUUUGAACUUUGAUGAGGAGUGGGUAUUCAACAAUGCUGGUGGCGCGAUGGGUGCCAUGUACAUUAUCCAUGCCAGUAUUACUGAGUAUCUUAUCAUCUUCGGAACCGCAAUCGGCACCGAAGGACACACCGGCCGCCACACUGCGGACGACUACUUCCACAUCCUCCAAGGCACCCAACUAGCCUACGUCCCCGGCUCCUACGAACCCGAAGUCUACCCCCAGGGAAGCGUGCACCACCUACGUCGCGGCGACGUGAAGCAAUACAAAAUGCCGGAUUCCUGCUUUGCGCUGGAAUAUGCCCGUGGCUGGAUCCCGCCCAUGCUCGGGUUUGGAUACGCGGAUACGUUCACGUCGACACUUGAUUUCCCUACGUUGUGGGCUACAAGUCGGAUUACGGGUCGGGAGAUGAUUGGUAAUUUGUUACAGGGGAAGCUAUAGUUUUGAAGAUGGUGUCUGUAUGAUAUUGCGGUACAUACUAUUCAGGGUUAUUUGUAUAGUGGUGAACCCAUUGCAUAUUGGAUAUAUUCUUCGCUACGUAUUAUCCCCUUCCUCUCGCAUUGUACGUGCUC